UUAAUCUACAAUGAAACCUGGUAUUCGAGUCAUUCGAGGUCCAGACUGGCGUCUGGGAGACCAAGAUGGCGGCCCUGGUUACCUUGGGACUGUUGUAAAUAUUUACCAAAACAACAGUGUGCUUGUAAAAUGGGAUAUAGGAACGGAGACGGUCUGCAGGGCGGGACUAGACGGAGCCUUCGAUCUAUUGCUUUAUGAUAAUGCUCAAAUAGGAGUAAAACAUUUUGUACAGAUACAGAUUCAAUGCAAUGGUUCCUGCAUGAUCACAAAAGACAACAACGUAUAUGGUUUUCGUUGGAAAUGUCUGGUAUGUGUUGACAGGGAUAAUUGCACACCGUGUUAUAUGAAACCAAUCGAUAAAGUCUGCGUGAAUCACCCGUUUGCCAGAUAUAUAACAGGUUUCUCAACGGUAGUCCGAGUGCCCCCUAGAAAAUUGAGCAAGGAGAUCCCUCUAUAUGGGAUCUUUCCGGGAGCCGAGGUCACAAAAAUCGCGUCAUCUUCUUCGGAAAAUGAACAACUUGGCAUUGUUAAGAAAUUAAUACAUCUUCAAACUGAUACCUACAGAAGCGCAGUUAAAGUGGAAUGGACGGGAGCAACACAGAAGAAAACACGUGAAGGCAAACCUGAUUGGCCAAUAUACAGAAUAGGGGCGGACGGGAAGGUGGAGCUUAAAUUGGUAACACCAUUCUCCCCAGGAACUGUAUAUAUUGACCAUUUGCCAGUCUUGGAUCUGACCAUGCCGGUUGAUCAAGAGUUCAAUGUAGGAGACAGAGUUCGUGUUGACCUUAACUUAAAUACAUACAUGCAAUUACACCAUGAAUAUGGUGGCUGGAGUUCAGACCUGCAGAAGGUGUUUGGCGAGGAGGGUACAGUGACAGAGGUCAAGGACACGAACAGAAGGGUUGUUUCUGUUCGUUAUGAAUCCCUUAGUAUCGACAUCCGUGCCAUAUACAUGAAUGUGUUAACAAAGAUAUCAACUAUCUCGGCAGGGGAUACUGUGAGGAUUAUUCAGGACCAGAAUGAAAUGAAGAAAUUGCAAGCUGGACAUGGCGGAUGGCAACAAGCAUUUGUUUCUAUCCUUGGAGCUACCGGGCGUGUUGUACGCAUUGACGAUUCUAAGGAUGCCAUUGUGAAUGUUGCCGGGGAAACGUUCGUUCUUAACCAAUCAUGUCUCGUUUUCCAACAGCAUGGAGAGGGGAUAACACCACUGUCGUCUGAUUGUAAGAAACGACGCUUGAAAGGACGUUUCCGAAGAUCAGCCUCGAUUUUAGUACCGGAAGCAGCGAGGAGAACGAUACGAGCCGAUAUAUCUGUUGGGGUCGGAACACGUGUUGUAAGGGGUCCUGACUGGAGUCCGGACUUUGAGGACCAAGAUGGCAGUGAAGGUCACGUGGGCAGUGUAGUAGAAAUCUGUGGACUUGAGUGCAAUGAUAUGUAUCCAAAGCAGUGUGUAGUUGUACAGUGGGAUAAUGGAGAGAAGAAUGUAUACAGGGCAGGUUAUGAGAAAGCGUAUGAUCUACGGAUCUAUGAUAAUGCUGGAAUAGGUGUCAAGCACAAUGUUAAGUGUGCAGGCUGUGACAUAGACACUAUAUUUGGGAUGUUAUGGACCUGCUGCGAGUGUCCGGAUGUUAACCUAUGCACGGAAUGCUACUUUAAUGAUAAACACCAGAUUACCCAUCAGUUUAUCAGACAUGACACCGUUGAUCGUUCUGAGGGGAUGAAGGUUCCAAAACGAGGUAUCAGUAGAACUCUUCCUGUCAUGGGGAUAUUUGAGAAAUGUAAGGUGCGCAGAGGCCCUGACUGGAGGUGGCAAAACCAAGAUGGUGGUGAAGAUAAAUUUGGCCAAGUCAUUGCGAUAGUGAACUUCAGUCCGGACACGGACAGAGAUGCGGCGGAAGUUACGUGGGAGAACGGAUAUACAAACGUGUAUCGCCUUGGUUACAAGGGACGCCUCGAUGUUGUAUGUAUAAAACCAGCCAAUGGAGGAAAGUUCUAUAAGGAUCACCUUCCAAUUCUCAAACUUGAUCCAGAAGUCAAAACACAAGAGGCAUCUGCAGCGAGGAAAACUCCCACAAAGCCUCCAGUAGAUGAUAAUGUUGACAAGGAAGCUGCGAGAUUCAAAGAAGGGGACAAAGUAAGGAUAGGGAUUGAUGUUGAUGUACUGAAAAUGAUUGAAGACAAGAGAGGAGCCUGGCACGAUCAUAUGACAGAGGUUAGCAUUUUUACCCUUACCCUGCUAAAUUUCUGGUUUGGCGUAUUUUUGAGUAUAUUUCAGUGUAUUGGCAAGACAGGUGUGGUGAUUGUUUCUAAAGGUAAUGACAUCACUGUGGACUUUGAGAGCGCUAGGCGCUGGACCUUCCACGAGUCUGUUCUUAGCAAGGUACACGAGUUUGUGCCAGGUGAGGUAGUGAAAGUCAAUGACAGUGUUGACCACGUCAUGAUGUUAAUAACUGACCGGGUAGGCUGGAAUAAGCUCAUGGUCAAGGUUAUUGGAAGAAAAGGUACGGUAGAGGAGAUUGACGAAGAUGGUGACGUUCAAGUUUCGUUUGGAGAUUAUACUUGGACCUUUAAUCCCGAAUGUCUCAGCACUGCUGAUGGAAAGGCUGAUCUUGUCAGAUAUAAAGAUGAUUUCAGCUUGAAACCACCUGUUGUAAAAGAGCAGUGUAAAGAACCAGUGAAUGACGAGGAGAAAAUGGAAGGUCUAUUCGAAAUGAUAAUAACUGGAGAGACAGAGAAAGUCAACAGGAUAAUACAAAACGAGCCACAACUGAUGUUAAUGGACUUGCAAGGAAAAUUUGCUGUUCAUCUUGCCUGUAAGAAUGGACAAAUAGACAUACUGAAGACAAUGUUUAAAUGCGCCAGCAAGGACGCUCUUUUGGAGAUAUCUGAUUCAGAAAAAAUAACCCCUCUACUGGCUGCUGUUAGCGGUGAACAAAUAGACAUGGUGAAAUUCCUUGUGGAAGAAGGUGCCGACAAAAAGACUGUUAAUCAUAACAAACAGGGGGCAGUGCAGAUGGCUGUUGCAUGUAAAAAUGUUGCCCUGUUGAAGGUGCUGAGGGAUCUCGAAUUCGACGUCAAUCAAAAGGAUCUCUUGAAACAGUCCCCAGUUGUUGACGCCAUUGUUCAAGGCAAUGAAGAGAUAAUUGACAUCAUACUGGACUGGCCAGACUUGGACAUACAGAUUACAGAUAGUAUCGGCUUCUCUCCUUUCUUCCUGGCAUGCAGAAAAGGUAUCCUGAAAGCUGUGCAGAAAAUACUUCAGAAGCGCAUGAUGGAAAUAAAAGAACGUAAAAUACAAGACGGUUAUUCUGGUCUACAUCUUGCCGCUUUCAAUGGAAAUAAAGACGUCGUGGAAUUUCUUAUCAAACAGCCAAUGGUUGAGAUUGACUGCUUGACAAAAGAAGAACGAACGCCUCUCCAUCUUGCCUGUGCGGAAGGUAUCUUUGACAUUGUGACAGUACUUAUUGAUGGAGGUGCCAAUAUUACCCUUUGUGAUGCAUCAAAGAAGAAUUCCCUGCAUAUCUAUCUAGAGGGGGCCGGUGCUGAAGACACAGAACAAGUUGCGGACUUCAUUCGAAUGGUUGAAUAUUUGAUAGACCAUGGUGUAUCAGCCGAUGGUCUUGACGAGGCAGAGAAACGCCCUGCGGAGUAUGUCAGUGAAAAAAUGAAUGAAACAUACCAAAGUAUCGUUGCGAAAAAGUAA